AUGCCUAUCUAUCUGAGCAUGCAAAGAGUCCGCUUCUCCAGCCCAGAUGCUUAUGAGAAGCUCAAGGUUCUCUUCGCCGACACACGCCGCCAUCUCAUGACGCUCCCAGGCUUUCUGCAUCUCACCUGGUGGGAACAUCCUGACGACAGAAGCUGGUAUAACGAAUGCAGUUUCUGGACUAGUCGUGGUGCUCUCUACGACUGGCACAAGAACACCUACCAUAAAUACUGCAAGGACUUGGUCGGAACGAGACUUCUUCGCGCUUGUCCUGUUUGUAACCUCACUCAGGAUAAGAAGUACAAUCUCGCAGAGGAGCAGGCUGUCCUUCAUGAACAGUGUCCGCAGUGUGGGUUUCACUUCCCAGUGUUGGAGGAGACACCGUCGAGUUUUGCGGUUUUCAAGGAUGUUCCGGGUAUCCCUAUGCCUGAAGGGGCUCCGACAAAGGUCGAUGGUAGACAGACUGAUGGGAAUAAGGAACCGAGUGCUUGUCCGAUGUGA